AUGGCGUCUCGAUUUUGCGAUUUGAAGAAAAAACGUACAAGAGAGCCCCUCAUGCUCAAGUGCUGCGCCUGCUUCGCCGCCAAGAAUCACCCAUCGCGGCAGGGCUCUCGCGACGAAACGGCCGAGCGACACAGCCUGACUGCAAUGCCGCGGCAUGACCCCGUCUCGUCCAGCACGUCGGCACUGCCCGUCUCGCCCUCGAAAGCUGGCCACGCUGCAAAGCCCUGCCAGGACCGCGGCAUCGUGCACUGGCCUUUCAACGGGUCGGAGAAUGAGGCGCUGCUGUGCGUCUUUGACGGCCACGGCAAGAACGGCGAGCGGGUUGCCGACCUUGUCAUGAAUGAACUCCCUAGUCUGCUGCAGGAGCGGGCAGCGGAGCUGCGGGCCGAGCCUAAGAAGACGCUCAUCACUGCGGUGGAGCAGAUCGACUCUCUGGUGCUCGCGCGCGAUGGCGGAGAGUUUGCGAAAGAGUGCGGCACCACCUCGACGGUGCUCUACAUCAACGGGUGCACGAUCUGGUCAGCGUGCUCCGGAGACUCGCGGGCUGUCAUGGGCUCCACAAAGGGUGGUGCCAUCGUCGCGCGAGACCUCUCAGUCGACUGCAAGCCAGACAUGGACGGUGAGAGGGAGCGGCUGGAGGCUGCUGGAGGCAUGGUCCUCUCUGGCACGCGGGGCAGAACCUCGCGCGUGUUCACGGCGGGGGGCAUCGGCCUCGCCAUGUCUCGCUCCAUCGGCGAUCCCGAGGCGAAGAUGGCCGGUGUGAUCGCCACUCCGCUCGUCCAUCGCUUUGACAUCAACGCUGCGGACCCGGAGGACCCCGAGGCGGACGGCGACCGCUUCGUCAUCCUCGCGAGCGACGGCGUGUGGGAGUUUAUCGACUCGGAGGCGGCGUGCGGCAUCGUCGCAGCACACGGCCGAUCGAAUCGUGGCGCGCGGUGGACAGCUGGGGCGUGCGAGGCGCUAGUGCUGGAGGCGGCGCAGCGUUGGAAGCGCGAGACCAGCACCUACCGCGACGACAUAACUGCGAUCGUGGCGCGCCUUCCCGCCAUGGAGACGGGCGGGGAGAGGCGGAGGGGCUGGGCGCGGGUGCGCUUCCAAUUGUUUAAGCGGCAAGAGGACGCACAAAUGCUCGACGUGGCUCUGUGCCACCGGCGAGGAUUCAAGAAGGAAAUGUUGCGGCGCAUGUAUGACGUCGCUCCCUCGGCCAGCAUAAAGGAUGCGGCUACGUCCGACAGCUCGAACUGCUCGCUUCCCGGCCGUUGGCGUGACGUGGACGCGCGGCUCAUCACCGUAAAGGGCGAGCGGCACACUGGAACGAACUUUAUCGAGGGCAUCCUUCUGCACCACUUUCCUCGGAGAGUCCGCCGCCGCCGCGGCGUGCACCUGUUCGCCGGCUGCGACGUGUCGUCGCAGCAGCUCGACGAUAAAGGCCUGGAUCGGUCCUGGUGCUGCUCCAAGCACGGACUUCCGGCGGUGUGCGUCUUCGCGCCUCCGCCCGUGUACGUCAUCACGCUGAAGCUCCCAUUCGCUUGGCUCGUCUCCAUCCACGCGCAUCCGUACACCGGCUGCGGGGUCAACAGAUCCUUCUCGGCCUUCCUGCGCCAGCCCUUUGCGGCCUAUGGGAUGUGCAGGCCGUUCCGCGUCCGAGAGACGCCGGUGGACGUAUGGAGCGAGUACUCCCUCGCAGCGCAGCGGAUGGCAGGCCCUGGAUCGCCUACCCCGGCGGUGCUGUGGCGUGACACCGACUACCUGAGCGAGCGGCGCCUGCGUUGCAAGCUCGAGGAGCUCGCGGCGCGCAUGGGCCUCUCCAUCGGCGGCGCGACGCUCCCGCGUACGCUCGCGGUGAGCAUGUCGGGCUACGGCAGGACGGUGAAGUGGACUCCGAAGGCUUAUUACGAGCAGGGCGAGAAGCUGCGGCGCACACCGUGGCGGGGGCGCUACUCGGACGCGGACCUCGCCUGGGUGAACGGGCGCCUCACCGAUGAGGCGAUGAGCGGCUUCGACCGCCCUGGAGAUGAGCAUAGGCUAAGUACUAGGACGGUCAAACUCUAA